AGCAAACCGUUGUUUACCUGCUGAUGCGCGGCUAGUUCAAGUUGCCAUAGCAGAGGGGAGCCAGACUGUAACGCGGAGAGCUGUUCUCCUGUUAGCUACCAGUGGACCCCGUGUAACUGGAGUUCUAGCGGCAUUUAGACGCCCUCUGCUCCCGCUGGGGAGAGACGGCGUGCCGCUGUGGUCACGGGCUGGUCACCACGCUAAACAACUGGGCUAACGUUGGGUUAGCUAGCUAACGGUCACAGUAGUUGUCGUAAGUUACCACUUGUUGCUAGUCGGAGCAUCACGUUCGGUCUCCACGGGUUGUUAUGGCGACGAUGACAAAGCGCCCGUUUCCCUCUCGCUAUGCCCAAUAUAUCCACUGUAAAAGAAGUAAAAAAGCAGCCCGGUUUGUUCGGUAAUCUGACUAACGGGGCAGUCAACAGCUAGCGGGUCACUCAAGCCGUCUCUCACCCUUUAAAAACGAUGGAUACGUCCAGUGAGUCUGACUCGUACGACAGGACGCGGGGGCACCGGUCUCGGGGGCGUGAAGCCCACCGCAUCCCGGGCAGGACCAGGGCCAGCGGUGGUGGAGGUGAUGGUCGAGUCGAAGACUUCUCCGAGAAGAUCGGCACAUUGGCAAGCACCUUACAGGACACCAGUAGGAACUUGACCAAAGUAGACCGGAUGCUGGGCCACUACAGGGCGCAUACAGAUGACCAGGCUGAAGCCAUGGCACUGCUCAGGGAGAACCUGGAAGAGUCAAUCAGUCAGCUCCAGACACAGAGGGGAGGCAGAUCCAAUGGGCCUCGCAGUGCCUCAGCAUCGGCCUCCACCCUGCAUACCAGUGACCUGGAGGCUUGCUCUGGAUCGGAAGGCCAGCGGUUCUACCCUACUUCUCCACUGAGGGACUACACUGGCACUCCAGGAAGGAGGCGGCGGUCUCAGUCUGCCAGUGUUCGUUUUAAGGACACCAGCCUGUCAGCAGACGACAUUCACACUUUGCACCAGUCCCUGAGGGAUCUGCAUUGUGACCAGCACAGACUGUCUGAUGACCUGGAUAGAGAAAUCCUCAGGAGAAACAGGUCUGAUAUUGACACCCGGCGAGCGAUGGAGAGCCUCACAGACAACACGGCUUCCCAGAGUCAUGCCUCAGUUUCUUCUCGCGUGGAGCGGCGUCUGCAGGAGCUGGAGAGAGAGAUGCAUCCUGAGCACAGUGGCGUGGAGAGAGAGAGAAGGCCUGACCGGUGGGCGGCCAUGUCUGAUAAACUGCAGGAGACUUCAGGGAGACACCAAGCUCAAUCCCAGGAGAGAGAGGAUACAGUUCCAGCCAGGCUGCUGAGAGCAGGCCGGGAGAAAUCCAAGAUGGAGCAGGAACUGGAGGGAGCUAGACGACUACACGAACAAUCUGAGGAACACAGAGAAGCCCUUGUUCACCAGGUGGAGGAAAUGCGCGGCGAGCUGCAGAGGUUGAGGAAGGAGAAGACUGAGCUUCAGCUGAAGACUUCUCAGCCAAUCGCUCAGCCACAAGGCACCUUCUGGGAGGAGGGGAGUGGUGGGCAGAGAGGAGCAGAUCGUCUGGAGAAAGAGGUGGUGGAGCUGCGAGCCCAGCUGCACGCGGCCUCAGUCGUCAGCGAGGUCGAAGAACUGAAAAGGACUCUGGACCGGAAGGAGAAGGAGAGGCUCCAGCUCAGCUUCCAGGUGGAGGACUUGUCAUCAGACCUGGCGCGGCGGGAGCAGCAGCAGCUCCGAAUGCUGGAACAGUUGAGGGAGAUGCAGAGCCAAGGGCAGGCAGAGAGGAGGGAGACGGAGGCAUUGCUCCAGGAGAGCACGAGGAGCAGAGACGAACUGAAGACCAGGGCCCAGGAGGCUGUGCGUCAGUGGAGGGCAAAGUGCAGGAGACUGCAGAAGGAGCUGGAGGAGGCUCAAGUCCAGAGUGACGAGGCUUCACAGGCAGCCAGGGAAAAGGAGAGCUCCCAGGCCCAGCUGAAGGCGCUGAGCCAGCAGACCGAGGCGGCCCGCAGGGAGCUGGCUGAAAUCCUCGGGCGUUUGGCCCAGCGCGAAGAAGAGCUCCACCGCAAGGACGUCGAUCUGUCCGAGACCCGCCAGCGCCAGUUAUCACUGGAGCAGGAAAUCCGGGAGGUGAGGGAGGCCUCAGCUGCCCUGGGGGAGGAGACUCAGCACCUGGCUGCUGCCCAGACCAGACUGAGGGAAGAGAACCAGAGGCUGGAGGAACAAGCUGACACCCAAGCUCGUCGUUGCCAGAGGGACCAGGACACACAGGCCGAGCUCCAGGCCGCCUUAAAGCAGAGGACCUCAGCCCAUGCUCAGCUAAUCCAGAGGUUAGCUGAGGAGGAGAACUCCAAGCAGAAGCUCCAGAAGGGCUCCUUGGAGCUACAGGCCAAGCUGACAGCAGUGCAGGAGGAGCGGGCCGCCCUGGGGCAGCAGCUGCAGCUGGAGAGAGCAGUGCAUCAGACAGAACUGGACAGCAAUAAGGCGAUGAUGGAGGACAGCAGGACAAAGAAGUAUUGUGAAGUGCAGGACAUGCUCAAGCUGUGCCAUCAUGAGAGGGAUGAAAUAAUGGCUCACCUGAAGGAGGUUAAGGCUGACGCAGCUUCAGACAAGGAGCUGUGUGGGGCGCUGCGCAUCAAGCUGGACAGGAUGAAGGAUGAGUGUGAUAAGCUGGCAGCACAGCUGAGCACCAAAGACGAGGCAUACGCACUUUCCCACAGAAAGUACCAGCUACUCAAACAGGAACUGGAUGACAAAGUCAGGUCGGGGGAGCGGAGACGUGCUUCAGAGUCCGAGCUCGUUAAGCUGGAGGAGAAGGUGUUGCGGAUGGAAGCAGAGCGGGAGGCCGUCCUCACCUCCAUGGGUGAGGAACUGGAUGCAGCCUGUCGCAGCCUGGCUAAGAAUGGUGAAGACAAGCUACAGGCGAUCUCCCAGAAACCAGGAUUAGUGAAAGACCUCCACCGCUGGCUAGCUGAGACAAAGACCAAGAUCCGCUGGCUGUGUGAGGAGGUGCGGGAGUGUACCACAAGAGAGCAGCGCUUAAAGAAGCAACAACAACACACCAGGGAUCAGUUGAAGGCCCUCAGGCAGAGCCGGGACUCGGAGCAGAUGGCUCUCCUGCAGCGCCUGGACCAACAAGAGAAGCUGCUGCACUCCCUCGACACUGAAAAGAGAGAGCUGUUGGAGAGGAGUCGCAGGAAGGAGGAAGAAAUGAGGAGCCUUCAGGACCGUGUGUUGGAUCUAGAGAUGAACACAAGAAUAGCCCUGGACCACUUGGAGUCAAUUCCUGAGAAACAAUGUCUGAUGGAGAACUUCAAAGAUUUGGAGGAGUCACAGCAGCAGAGGGAGAUGCUAGAGCAGCGCUACAGCAAAUACAAAGAGAUCGUCUGGGACCUCCAGCACCAGCUGGACGAGUCCAGACGCAGAAUCCAGGAGCACAGAGACGAGAAGCUGGACGCCGCUUCCAGGAGCCUGAGACUGGCCGCUCUUUCUUCCUCGGUGAAAGGCCCCAGCACGUUCCUGAGCAGCUCGCUGGGCUCUGACACACUCUCUCCUCACAAACGGCUGACCAGUUCAGACUUGGAUGAGUCCCCCGUCAACGGGCCCAAACCCCUCACAGAUUAGCUCAACCUCUAUGUGUGUGCGUACGAGCCCAAACCCACGGUGCCCAGAGCUGAUUGUACCUGCCUGCUGCUCAUCGGAACAGAAAGCUCUCGACACUAAUCCUCCUCUACCUCAACGGGCGCUCACUGAAGGUGCUCCAGAGCAAGAGGGUAAGACGAAGACCCCACCACCAACUUUGAGGGAUACUUUGGAGCAGCGUGACUUUAGACACUGUUCAAAGUGUUUAAAUGUCAUUUAUAACAACCUGAAUUGGAUUAGAAAAAAGGUUUGAAUCCAAAUAGUUUUACUGUUACAUUUCUUGUCAUAGUUAUAUUUGAACUUUGAACAUCGUUAUAUUUUAACAGGUGUUUAAAUAUUGUUUAGUGUAUUCUUAUUAUCAUGCCAAUGUGUUUGUGCUAAAAUGUUUAUUCUAUUCAAACAAAACACUGGUGCCUUUUCAACAAUAUUUUUGCUGACAUCAUCAUGCAUAUGAAUAUAUAUAUAUAUAUAUUUUUUGACAUCUCUUUUAAUGUAUUGACCGAUUUGCUUUAUGGCUUUCUAUUUUUUGUUUCCUAUAGUAUAUAUUUGUAAAAAGACACUAUAAGCACAAAUAGGUCAAUUCUGUUGUUUGUUUUAAUGUGAAGGAAGUAUAUGCACUGUGAAUAAAUCCCCAAGCAGCCAAAUGUCUGCUUUCCUAAGCGGA